AUGGCCGGAGGCGUGGCAACAACGGCGCCAAUCAGUGGCAACAACAGCGAUAACAACGGCAACAUCAGCAACAUCAGCAACAUCUGCAAUGCCAGACACUCUCCAAUGAAACAGCAACACCUGGACAACAGCAAUAGCCAGAUCAUCUACACUCAGCCAAAAAUGCAUCACAAACCAUUGGAUCUCAGCUUCGAUCAGAAUCUUAAAUCUAAUAAACUCAACUUCCAGAAUGAAGGUAAGAAAUCUCACAGUGCUAAGGAUCUUCAAGCGUUAACCUCUUUUAUGGCAUCCAUCAAGGUCUUUGUUUGCUUGUUGGCUUCCCUGGCUCUGGUCAAUGCCGGUGGCCUCCGCGGUGGUGCUGGUGGUGCAGGUGGUGGCUAUCUGCCCGGUGGAGGACGUGGUGGUGGCCGCCCUGCCAUUGGAGCUGGCCUGGUGUCCCACGUCUCGCAGUCGCAGGGCAACACUAAGGUCCACAUUGGCGGUGGCUCCGCUGGCGGUGCUGGCGGCUACGUCGGUGGUGCUGCCGCAUACGGCGGUGGUGCUGGUGCUGCUUAUGGCGGUGGUGCUGGCGCUUCAUACGGCGGUGGUGCAGCCGCUUAUGGCGGUGGACGCGGAGCUGCUGGAGGCUGGCAGGGCGGUGCUGGUGGUGCUGGUGGAGCAGGAGGCUGGCAGGGUGGCGCCGGAGGAGCUGGAGCUGGCAACGCCUGGGGCAACCCCGCCGAGUUCGAUUACACUGUCAACCACGCUUCCGGCGGUGCUGGUGGUGCAGGUGGCGCCUACGGUGGUGCUGCUGGUGCCCGCGGCGGUGCUGGCUGGUGGAACGAUUAA